AUGGGAGCGACCCCGCAACGUGAAGAUAUUCCACCGUGGCUGAAAGUUCCCGAAGACCUGCAGGAACCUGAGGUGUUCAAGAUCCAGACGCACCUGCUGGAAGCCUUAUUUGGAGCACAUGGAUCUCGAAUACCUUACAUCGAGGAAAUGAGCAAGGUCAUGCUUGAGCUGAAGGCGCUGGAAUCUUCGGAAUUUACCGAGGUCUUGGUUUAUGGCUCCUACUUAUGCAAGUUCCGCACCAGGUGGAUGCUCGAGUCCAUGGCCCAGUGUCACCUCCAACAGCAGGAGCAAGGAAAUGUCAAGCUUGAGGAAGCCAUGAACGACCUUGAACUAGGCCCUUGGAUGAAGUGA